AUGCUUAAUACUGAUGUAUUCGACCACUUGUCCAAAUCAUUGUUUCGAGUUUUUACAAGCGCAGAAAAUUAUAAAUUUCCGUUAAUUGACUCAGAUUUAAGUAACGAUAUAUUGGAAGAAACUUUCCCAAAUCCAUCCUCAAUAUUUAUUUCUACUUGCAAUUUAAAAACACAUUUAUCAUUAUCAUUACCAUCAUUGAAUGGAGUUGAUGGUGGUGAUUCUUUGAAUCUAGAAAGAUUGAAGUCGCCAAUAACUCGUAUCAACAUUUUUGAUUUUGAUGGGACAUUAUUUGCAUCACCCAAGCCUAAUCCAAAAUUAUGGAGUAAAACAUUAAUUGGAGUUUUGUUAAACCAAUUUACAGAUGGCAAAGGUUGGUAUCAAGAUUCAAGAUCUUUGGAUCUAGGUGAGCCUACAGAGUCAAACAAAUGGAAUGAAUGGUGGAAUAAAGGUCUACUAGACAAUGUCAAAGAAUCAAUGAACGAUCCAAAAUGUUUGACGGUUUUUCUAACAGGUCGUUGUUAUGCAGUUUUUAGUGAGACCAUCACUAAAAUGUUGGAGGAUAUAGGAUUACAUUUUGAUGUUUUAGGCUUUAAGCCAAUUCAUAUGGCUCUUGAAUGGAAUCUUGUUUAUAGUCAAAAUAGUGUUAAAAAAUUAGGCAUUGAUUAUUAUAAUUAUAUAAUUAGUCAACCAUGUGAUCUAAAGCCUCCAGCAUCUACAAAAAAAUACAAGUUUCUUUUUAUAGAUAAUCUGCUUAAACAACAUCCAUUAACAGAUUCGAUUCAUAUUUGGGAAGAUAGAUGGGAACAUAUUAAUGCAUUCAAAAAUUUAUUCACCGAAUAUAAAUCACAGAAUAUCAUUAAAGAAGGAAUUGUUCAUGGGGUUGAAAUUCCAGAAUGUUAUUAUGAUCCUCAUAAGGAAUUUAAAAUAGUAAUGGAUAUAAUUAGAGACAACAAUUUAAAAGUUAGUAAUGGUAUUUUAUCUCGUUAUUCCAAAAAAAUAGAUUUAUUUCGCAGAAUUCAAUUUUUGGGAAUUUUUAUAAUACAUGAUCACAUUAAAUUGCUAUUUGAAAACUUCCCUCCACCUAAAAGUAAGGAAUACGAUUGGUCAUAUAGUUAUCCUUUUGUAUUAAUAAAAAAAUGGCCAAGUUCGAAUUAUAUAAAAGACAAUGAUAUUAAUAGCAAAAGAAAAAAGAUUGUCACAAUGCGAAUUACUGCCAUGGCAAUUGUUUGGAAACAACAUUACUGUCUGAAAGUUGAAAUGGUAGAACCAAACGGACAAUCAAAGUUGGAAAAUGGGUUUUCUCAUAGUGAAUUAUAUAGUGAUUAUGAAAGACAGCAAAUAACUAUUCAAGGUGUUGUUGGGGCAAAAUAUAUUGUUGGCUGCUAG